AUGCUGAAGUGGACGACGUUGCCGCGGCACAACCAGUGCCGCCCUCUGGCGUCCAAUUGCGCGCCGUCCCCCCGGAGCACCCCCCGACACAAGGCGGCCAAACGGAGGCGGUCUCGAAAAUCCGUCGACGACAAGGAGAACCAAUUCACGUCGACGCCCGUCAAGUCGGGCGACAACCCGGCCCUGCCGCCCUUACGAGACGUGAGCAAUUUGACACCCAACGAACUCCCCGAGGUAGCCCCCAGGUCCGGCACUCCGAAGCCGACGAUGAAAAAGAAAAAGGAGUGCCUCGACAACCACACGCGGUACUUCAAACCGUUCGAGGCGGUAGACUCGCACAUAGAGUCGGUGCUGGCCGAGCAGUGCCGCAGCUGCAAGAAGAACCUGUUUUGCAGCGGCCCGCCCACUAAAAAAUCCAAGAUCGAGUCCAUCGAAGACCUGCUGCCCGAUCGGGACAAGCUCGCGUUGCCCGGCCUCAUCCUCAAUCCCGACACGCAAAGGCUGUUCGACGGCGACGGGGUGAGGAUCACGCCCCUCGUGAGGAAAUUCUGGGACCUGCAGUUCAGCAAAUGUGCCGACGGCAACGACUCGUCCUACAUCAACGACAUGUCUCUGGAUAAGAUCGUGGACGCGAUCCUGGACAAGUCGGCGACGGACCACGGCCGACACCGCGACUCGGCCACCACCAACACUAGCAACGACGGCAACUACCUCUGCAAGUGCAACAACAAUCUUCCGCUGGAGAAGACCGUGAUCCAGAUCGACGAGACGUACAACGAGAGGUGCGUGGACGUACGCAAGAGGCCGUCGACGACGACGUCCGACGACGACGCGACCGGCGUCAGCAAACGGCUUAAACUGGACGAGAAUUACGGCACGCUGAGGCGGCAAAAGUGCGUGAGGCGCAGACGAAAGGUGGACCACUUUCGCAAGAAGUUGAGCGAGCUGGACGGCUCCAUCGAGUCGAAGACGAUAGCGCCGUUUUGGUCGGCGCGAAAGCAGCUGGUCAGCUGCAGCGACGACGAUUCUCCGUUCACGGAGAACACCCCGUUGCGUGGGUGUUACCUGGAGAGUAAGACGAUAUCGGAGGGCGCCAGGCGCUGCCUGGGAUUCGCGUCGCCGAAGACGACGAACGACUCGGGUAGUUUCUGCGAGAGCGCAAUUCGCGGCUUCCAUAGGGACGUUGGGGGCAGUGUGGACUUGGCGGUGCGGACGGAGGGCGACUCCCUGCUGCUAACUGUGAUACGGUGCAGGGACCUUUGCAGGCCCAACGGGAGCGACAAGAUCAACGCUUACGUUAAGGUAACGUCGGGCGACGUCGCCGACGAGGCAGGAGACCGAGUCGCCUUGCAGCGGACGCCGGUGCAGGGCGAGUCGUCGAAGCCGAUUUUCAACCACACGUUUCGGCUGUCGGCGAACCAGCAGCGAGUCCGCAUCGAGAUUUGGCACCGGGACCGGGUCACCAAGACCAGCGAAUUCCUGGGAUGCAUGUCACUCGACGUCGGCGAUGUGUCCGAUAAGAAAACUUGCGGAUCCUACCGACUGCUCCCCGAGGUCGGCGGCCGCGUCGUCGGUCACGUGCCGAUAGCGGCGCCCGAGCCUAGCGGCGAGCUUGACAACGAAAUGGGCGAACAUAAUUGCGAGGUGGAUGACGUCGCCAGCCUCGACGGUGGCGUCGACAACGAGCUAAGACGGUCGACGAAUAAGGCGGCGCUGAGCGAGCAGCAAAAGUACGCGGACGAAAAUCUGUUCCUUCGGUACCUGGAGCUCGACCCCAUGGAGGGACCGGAGGCAAUACCGGCCGCGACCCAGCGCAGGGCCACAGGAAACAAAUCCGGCAGGACGCCGUUCACGCAGACGAAGCGCCUGACCCGGCCUCCCAAGUCGGGGUUCGGGUUUUCGGUAGUAUGGACCCAUCCCCCGCGCAUAGAAAGGGUGGAGAGAGGCCUUCCUGCCGAUAGGGCCGGUGUAUUGCCCGGAGACUACAUCAUCUUCGUCGACAAGCACAACGUGGUCACCAUGCCCGAAAUCGAGAUAUUGAACCUCAUCAGGUCCUACGGAAGUCAAUUAACGCUGGAGGUAUUCAGGCGGAACCCGUCGCGAAACGGCUCCCUUCCGGCCUCCUCGGCCGGCCCCUUGACCUGCGGUUCCGCCAUGACCGACAGCAACGUCACCCUCGCGGCGCCGCCGCCGCCGCCGCACCGCCGCCCGUCGACGAUAUGCUCGACCAAUACCGCCUCCGUGCAAGACCUGGGCCGGCGGAAACUACACCUGCCGCAGGUCACCUUCAGUACCGAGACGACCCCGAACAAUCCCGAGGACGGGCGGAAGAGGACGAUGUACCAGCUGAUCGGCAAGGAGCAGCACUACUGCGCCGCAAUGCAGUUCGGCGUCGGCCGCUUCGUGUCGCCGCUGGCCGAGCGCAGAGAUCUGAUCUCGCCGUCGGAGCACCGGAUACUGUUCCAGAACUGCGACGAGCUGCUCCGCAUCACGGAGGACAUCCUCGACCACCUGGUGCACGACGACGGCGAGGUCGAGGUCGGGCUGCUCGCUCGCGUCUACAGCGCCAAGCUGAGCGACGUGACGUGCGCGUAUCGACGCUACUGCGCGGGCCUCAAAAAGGCCGAUUGCGUGCUCGCCAACAAGCUGAAAAACAGCGGCGGCGAAUUCGUUCGGUUCGUGCAGUCGCCGUCGAUACCCCGACGCAGACCCGACCUCACGGCGUUCAUCCACAAGCCCCUGGAGCACUACCGCGAAGUCCUCAAGGCGCUGAUGGCGGUGCAGAGCGCCACGAAACCCAAACACCCAGACUACGUCGUCAUAAACCGCGUAGUGCACGAGAUGCAGGUGUCCUAUAGGGAGAUGACCGCGGAGGCGGGCUUGAUGGAGCCGACCGGAGAGGGCCGACCCUUGCUGUCGGUGCAGGAUCUCGAGAACAGGCUGGUGUUCACCAAGUGCCGACCGUUCGUGUUGAACAAGCCGGGCCGUCACUGGAUAUUCGGCGGAGCGCUCGGCCGCGUCGAGGGCCGCGAUGUGGCUCAGUACUGGGCGCUGCUCUUCAGCGACAUCCUGCUGUUGGCGAAGGUGUCCAGGGACCGUGUGCUCUUCGUCGCCGACGAUCCUAUACAGUUGGCCUACGUCACCGACAUGUUCUUCAGCGUCCGGAAAAAAGAUACCGAGUUUCGGAUAUGCGUGGACGCCGCCGCCAAAAGUGAAGCGUCCAGCCCGACCGUCCACUGCGGGCCGGACCUGAGCCGCACCCCACGGAAAAACGCCGCGAAGAAGUGCACCGUGGCUCUGCGGGCGCCCACCCUCGAGAUGAAGGCGGUAUGGCAAAACUUACUGCAAAGGCAAAUCCUCCAGCUCAACUCGGGACUGGACGGUAGCUCGCUGAGCUCCCCUCCGGAAUCCCCGGACGUGCCCAUCACCUCCUCCGUGGUUACGCUGCAGUCGGCGGAGACGUGCUCGUUGCGCCGCCAGCCGGCCGCCGCCGCCGCCCCCGAUUUAACCGCGCGAAACUGUCGUAACGACGACUCGGCCAAAAGGCAAAUCGAAUCCCUCAUCGAGCACAAGUGCAAACAAAUGGGCAAGGGCAGCGUCAACGGCAAAUGCAACGCCGUCCACCUGGAGCGGUGGAUGAAGGGGCAGCUGCGCGACGAACCGCCCGCCGACAGCCCCGACGAGCAGAUCGAGGUGGAGUGGACCGCCGAAAUGCUGCGCCAGCGAUCGGAAGAGUUGCAGCUCAUCGAUCGACAAGGCCGCGUGACCAACUCGAUAGACUCCAGAGCGGCGCGGGCCGAAGAGUUGAGCGACCACGACCAGAGUCCGUCCAAAAGCACCACGACCGACAGUCAGGUGACGGUCAGGUCGAGUCCGGUGGUGCCGGAGAGCGUCGCCGUCUGCAAGCAGUGCCACAAGAACUGCCUGUCCAGCGUCGCGGCGACGACGCGACUGUGUCGCCCCGCUGACCGGCGAACCGACGACCGCAUCGCCGAGGAUUGGCAGUCGCUCGUCCUCUUGGGAUUGAGCGCCGAGCCGGUGGCCGGUUUCCUAAAUUACGACCCGUUCCGGUCGACCUCGACGGCGGUGCCGACGCCCCCGACGCCGGACGGCUCCCUCGUAAACGGCGACGACUCUCCGCAGACCGAGGAGCAUCCGUAUCGAUCGCUCAGCAGUUCCGCGCUGACUCUCAGAAGAUUCGGCACCGUCUCGAGCUUGGAACGCGCCGACUCGGAGGAGCGCGUCGAACAGAACCACGCGCACUCGGAGGAGUCCGCCGACGAAGACGACGACGACGAAGAGCUCGGCAUAGAUAACGAAGGGUUUAAUAGUGCGACGCUGACGAGUUGGACCGCGAAAGCGGGCAAUUUCGUGGCGCAAAAGAUGGCCUUCUUCGAGAGGCUUGGCGAGGAAUGCGGGGGCGCGUUUUUCGAGCGCUACCUAAAGCCUAGCGUCAACGGCGAAGACGUCCAAGAGGAGGAGACGUCCGGCGGCACGUCGGGCGAGGAGAUCUGGGGCACGCCGACCAGCGGCGGCGACAUGGACGAGCCCCCUAAUUCGCCAGACUGCGAGGUCAACAACGGAUCGGCCGUCGACCACGACGAUACCGAGAUUAUGAUGGACGAGCUGUUAAUGGCGCCACCGGUUACGGGCGCGGCGAUGCGUGGUCUGUUGCCGCGAAGAACGCUCGAACCACUCAUAGAGGAAGACUUUUCCGAGACGAGCUCGUCGACCGAGUAUUCGGACUACGACGACGACGACGACGACGCGUCCGACUCGUCGGAGCAGGGGAACCCGCCGACCGGGAGUGCUGCUGACGCUCGUUCUCUGGAUGCUGCCGUCCGCGAAGGAAGCCUCGCCGUCGGAAGCAGCUCCGAGGACGUGGGCACGACGGCGGACGAUUGCGAAACGGGUGGCGACGAGCCCAGAACGUCAGACUGUUCCGGCGACGAGCCGAUAAGAAUCCCGCGUUCGGAGAGCUACAAGCACAUAGUAGACGCGGCGGAAGACACGACCAUUGUCCGCGACGAAACGAUGUUGUUCCAGCAAUUCCGUCCGGCGGCCAGCUUUGUAAAUAUUGCAAGGGUGUCUAGAUCCAGGAGCGUCCGCAUAUUCGAGUUUUUUAAUGUUCGCCGGACAGAAAGAAGAAUUUAUGAAAAGUUCCCGGACGAUUUUCGCCUGGCGAAAAUGUUUAGCAAGGAGAAUGUAGUUUCGGAUUCAGUGCCGACGUGUUACGACGAAAAGACAGUGUCUUUGAGCAAAGUAAAGGAUAAGCAGGUAGAUCGGAGAUUCUGGAAGCAGUUGAGCAAGCGGAGGGCUAGCAUCAAAGUCAAUCCGCCGGCCUAGCAUUUUGUACUCCGCGAGGUGUUAGCUUUUCUAACAGUUUUAACACUAUAGGUCAGUCCGAAAACGUCGUGAAGCCGCUUUUUAACAAUUUGAAAUUUAUUCUCCGUCUCGAACCGUGUUCAAUGAAGUGUUGUUAUUUUG